AUGGUUUGCGAUGUGACCUACUGGAUGAAUCAGAUUCUCUAUGAUUUGAAAGCGAACGCCAUUGCUUUGAACACGGCCAUUGAAGCCACGACCUUGGCAAGUCGAGUGGGUGGAGUGCAGUGCUGUGUGGUGCCAUCCUGCUGUGGGCUGUAUGAACAAGAGGAAUUGAUCCGCGAUCGGAUUCGACCCUGCGACAUGCUGGUGAUCUCCAUCGGCGGCAACGACAUCGCGCUGGCGCCGUCGAUCUUCACGGUCAUUGCCAUGGUACUUCUGAUGCUGACGCCCUGGCCGCUGCUUUUCUGCUUCCACCCUGCAGUGGCCUAUUUUAUUGGCCUGUUUCGAUACCAGGUUCAGUGCUAUGCGGAGAGGUUGACAGCAGUGACCCGACCCCGCAAGAUUGGUGUGUGCAUGAUCUACAAUUUGGACGAACGAAAUGGUGAGUCCUGGGCGAACAUGGCAUUGUGCAUCCUUUGCUACACGUGCUUUCCGGGGAUGUUGCAGCGCCGGAUGAGGUGUGUUGAUGCGUUGGCACUUGUUGGCUCAUGGCGCAAAGCGCAGCUUUUGUAUGCUUUUGUAUUUGAUCUGUCGGACAGGCUGGUCUUUGAGUUGGCCACCUCCAGGAUCAAGGUGCCUGGCAGUGAACUCGUUCCCAUCUCUCUGGCAGAUGCGCUGGAUGGGCGUUGCACGGAGGACUAUCACCAACGAGUGGAACCCAGUGUCAUUGGCGGGCAGAAGAUGGCCCGGUUAAUCUUAUCCAAAUUGGGAUGGCGUUGCGAAACCCAACAUUAUAGAUAUGAGAAACCAUGAA